CUCUCACUCUCACUCGAAGUGUUUUGCUCUUCCCUCUCAACGAACUAAGACUCUCUCCUUCACUGAAACUCUCCUCCGGCCAGGGUCUGACCACGUUACACCGACUCCAGACCGCACAGACUCUACCCUGUGCUCAUCACGGCGUCGAUCGCGAUGGGCCCAAUCUCCGCUUUGGCCCUCCUCGCCCUCAGCGCCGCGCUGCCCCAGGACCCCGCGACCCCGGGCUGCCACCUUUACCCGUUCGAAGUGGCGGUGGCGGUGGUGGCGCGUGGCGGCCGCUGGAGCUGCCCGGCGCGUCUGAGCGCCUGCGUGGGCUUCUGCGAGUCGAGCGCCUUCCCCUCGCGCUUCUCGGUGCUGCGCGCCUCCGGCUACCGGCACAACGUCACCUCGGUGGCGCAGUGCUGCACCGUGAGCCGCCUCGAGAAGGUGCGGGUGCCGUGUGGUGAUGACGGGGACUGGGUGGAGGCGUUCACGGCCCGGAGCUGCCAGUGCGACACGUGCCGCCUCUCGCGCUACUGAGCAGCCCGCAUCACCUCCUCCUCCUCCAACACCUCCUCCUCC